ACGCUCCUCCGCUGGGUUCGAAUCCGUGUUCUGCCCCUUGCUGACUUUGGUGAUUUAACGUCUCCGAGGCCUAUGAGUUUUUGGGGUCACACCAACUCUGUCUGAGGCUUCCGUGGGAAUUUAAAAGUGCUUUAAGACAGGGCGUACGGGCCCUCAUCUGUAAUUGCAGCACGCGGGAUGCUGAGGCAGGAGGAUCACGAGUUACACACCAGCCCGGACGGUGCAGCCAAACUUUAUCUGAAAAAUAAAGCACUUUUGAAGAAAGCAUGUGGUUUUAGGUGAUGCAGUGUAGGUUCAUUUCCCCUGGUGAGAGUGGAGACCUGUACAGUUCCAGGGCUGGAAAGGAGGAUGUUACAGAGUGCUGAGUGGCAGAACCGAAAAGUGGGUUAAGCUGACUCCCGGGACUUUCUUACUCCGAUCACCUGCCCUGACCACUACCCCCCAUCCUGUAGCAUCCUGGUCUUACCACCCUCCAGGGGCUUGUUUCUUCCUCUCUUUGGAAUGGUCACCAAGACUCAGAAAGUAGACCUGGGCCCACAGCUUCCAGAGAAGAAGAAAAAGAAGAAGAAGAAAAAGAAGGUGGUUACACAGGUCACAGAUCCAGAGACUCAGUACUCAGUCUUAAAUAGUAAUGAUUUUUUCAUCGAUGGUUCUCCUCCAAGGGCCACAUCCCCCUCUAACAAUGUGGGUGAAGGGCAGGUCUCUGAGAUGCCACUGGGCAAGAGAAAGAAGAAAAAAAAGUCCCCCAGUACUCACUUGGAGGAGCGCCUGGACUCUAAGGCUGCACGAGCAGGACGGAAAAAGUCCUCCAGCCCUCGAAGGCAGGUCCGUGAGCAGUCAGCAGAAAGCCUCAGUGGAGAGAAGAAAAAGAAGAGGAGGAAGUCCUUACCACAGGUUACCUCCCAGUGCUCAGGGCUGAAGACCUCCCUAGACCCCAGGCAUGCUGAGAAGGUAAGCAAAGCCAGUAAGAAGUCCAAAAAACACAGGAAAGAAAAGAAGGUUCUGAACACUGAAGCGUUUCCUCCCCAGGACUCUUGGCUCUGUGAGGCUGGGGAUGCUCUGCACCCAUGCUCAGGGUGGGCAGAGGCUGGGGAGCAGGCAGCCUUGGGCCAGAAAAGGAAACAGGGGAGAUCCAGAGAGCACAGCAUGAAGAAGAAGAAGAAGAAGAAGAGCCACCAAGAGGGAGACAUCCUCCCAGUCCACUCCAAGCUCUCCGUGGAGAACAGCCUGAAGAAAGGAAGUAAGAAGUCAGUCAGAAGUGAAGCUUUGGACUAUAUCCCUAUAGAUAGCCCAAAGGCCUCCGGGAAGAAAGGGAAACUCAAGAAAAAGGUGGACCAGCCAGAUGGGGAAGGGCUGUCUGUGAGAAGGAAGAAAAAGAAGAGGAAAGAGAGUGAAGUAAAGGAAGACCCUGGGCAGGAGGAAGAAGAGGGGUCGGACACAGACCUGGAGGUGGUACUGGAAAAGAAAGGCAACAUGGAUGAGGCCUGCAUAGAUCAGGUGAGGCGGAAGGCUUUACAAGAAGAGAUUGAUCGUGAGUCGGGCAAGACAGAGGCUUCAGAACCCAGGAAGUGGACGGGAACCCAGUUUGGCCAGUGGGACACUGCUGGCUUUGAAAACGAAGAACAGAAGCUGAAAUUCCUGAAGCUUAUGGGUGGCUUUAAGCAUCUUUCCCCAUCAUUUAGCCGCCCUCCCAGCAUGUCUAGCAGGUCCAACAUGGCCCUGAACAAGAAGUCUUCAGACAUGCUCCAACAGAAUCUCCAGCGGGACUAUGACCGGGCCAUGAGCUGGAAGUACAAUCGUGGGACUGGCCUGGGCUUUUCCUCUGAGGCCCGCAAGGUCUUCUACAUUGACCGGAACGCCUCCAAGUCUAUCAAGUUGCAAGAUUAAAUUUUAUUGUUCUGUUCCUGUUCUUGAUCAGUUUUGCAUCUGCCAAGUUGGUCUGAAUUAAUCACCUGCAGAUAAUUGAGGACCACUCACGAUGAGUUUUGGACAGGCAGGUGGAAGCUGCUUGUGUGUCAGGAGCCAGUACCAGUGGCUAAAACCUCCUAUUUUCUAUAUUAAACCUUCAUCUCUUUG